AUGGCGACGAUCGACCUCACGAUGGAGCCGGACGCGGGCCAGCUGGCGCGGCAGGUGCUCGGCGCCGAGACCCUCGCCGAGGCGCGCGCGCACGCGCAGGCCGUCGUCGACGCCGAAGGCGGCAGUGACGAGCCGUCGGCCAAGCGCGCCCGCCGCGACAAGUCGCCGCGCGAGCGGCACGAGGAGGCCUACACCAGUCUGAUCGUCGCCGUCUGCGACCUCCUCGCGAAACCGGUGAGGUAUCCCGUCAGCUUUACAGUAUCCUACAACGGCCGCCAGGUGACGUAUGGCGGGCAUCCCUGGGGCACGGGCUUUGGCUUGCCGAUGCUCCGUUUGCCGGCGCUCAAGUUUGACGAAGCCGAGGCCCACUGGGCCAAGGAUCCGAUGGCAAUCACCCCCCGGUCCAUCCGCCCGGAGCUCUCGUUUUCGGUCGUGGCGGGCAGCUUUGAUGCUUCCGUCGUGCCCAAACAGCCGCCCGGCACGAACGAGACUUGGCCGGUGUGUUAUGCCAUCAGGGAGUUCCUCAAGGGUAAGCUGCCAGCACCAAUGAUGAAGGGCUCGGCGGAUGUGGAAAUCGCACCAGAGAAAACGCCGCUUGAUAAUAUGACCGUCGGGCUCCUCCUCGACCCCGGGGACUUCGCUAAGAUCCAGCGGAUGGUGGGCGACGGCCAGCUCAUCGGCCAGCCCUUCUUCAAGGCGUGCGCGGCGUGGGCCUGGGCGUUGCUGAAGAAUGAGCACGAUCCGGAGUUCCCGGCCGAGGAAUGA